AUGGUCCCUCGCGGCCAGAAUCGUACAACCGGGGUCAAAUGGGCAAUAGAAACCUUUGAGCCUUAUAAGGUACCGGGACCGGACGGCAUUUACCCGGCACUCCUGAGGGGGGGGGGACUGGACGUGCUGACGGGUCCACUAACAAAAGUACUCAGGGCUAGUAUAGCCCUGAGAUAUGUACCACAAACCUGGAGAAAGACGAGAGUAGUCUUUAUCCCUAAACCAGGCAGAAACGGUCAUAUCUUGGGCAAGGAUUACAGGCCGAUCAGCCUUACAUCAUUCAUUUUGAAAACAGUGGAGAGGGAGGGCAGGUCGACCGAAACUGCCCUACAUCACCUUGUGAGCGGAGUGGAGGGACAGCUGGAAGCCAAGAGGUACGCCAUAGAAGCCUUUAUAGACAUAAAGGGAGCUUUUGAUAACACCUCUAACAAGUCUAUCAAAGAAGCAAUGUACAGAAAUAAGAUCCCGGAGGCGAUCGUGGACUGGACACAAAGCAUGCUAACGGGCAAAAGUCUAACCGUAAGCCUGGGUGAAAAUUCAGUUGGGGGGAGUCCGGCUGGGGGCUGCCCGCAGGGGGGCGUAAUCUCUCCCCUGCUGUGGUGUCCAGUGGUCGAUGACUUUCUGGCUGAAUUAAAAGAAGCAAGAUUUCUGAUAUAUAGCUACGCGGAUGACGUGGCCAUCAUUGCCAGAGGAAAUUUCAUAUCGAUCCUUAAGGAGAGGAUAGACGCAGCCUUGAGGAUAGUUCAAACCUGGUACAGAAAGAAGGGACUGUCGGUCAACCCAUCUAAGACCUCAGCAGUGGUCUUCACCAGGAAAUACAAACCCAAACACAUAGAGCCCCUAAAUCUCUGGGGCAGGGAAAUAACAUACACAAGCUCGGUGAAGUAUCUUGGAGUGAUCCUGGAUGCUAAACUGAGCUGGCUGCCAAACCUCGAGGAGAAAAGAAGAAAGUUCUAUACCACCAUGUGGGCUUGUAGAAGAGUAAUGAGUAGAAACUGGGGGCUUCAACCCAGGGCUGCCCUUUGGCUGCAUAGGACGGUGUUGCUGCCAAGACUAACCUAUGCAGCGGUAGUAUGGUGGCCGAGAAUGGAGAGGGUGGGGGCUAGGAACCUGUUAAAAAGCCUACAGGGUAGUUAUCUGAGAGCUGUGACAGGGACCAUGAGAACCACCCCGACGGAGGCGCUAGAAGUAGCUCUCUGCUGCCCACCUCUCGGUCAGCUGAUAAAAUACCAAGCCAGGAGAACGGCUUAUAGACUUAGAUGUCAGGGGGAAUGGAAAGAUACCGGUCUAGGACAUACUAGACUGAGACUUUCUCAGAAGUAUCCCUUCAUGUUAAAACAGGUUAGAAUUCCAAGAAAACAUCAGUUGGGGAAGAAAUUUAAAGUUCUAAUACCAACUAGGGACGACUGGAACAAGUCUAAAUUACUAGCUGAUUCAAAAGUGGAUCUUUGGUUCACAGACGGAUCGGGUGCAAAUGGUCGGUAUGGGGUAGGAAUCUAUGGGCCGAAAAGAAACCAUAGAGAAAGCAUACCUUUGGGCGGGCUGGUCACGGUCUUUCAAGCCGAGGUGAUGGCCAUCCUGAGGUGUGUGGAAACCCUUGCUGUAAACGAUAGUGCAAACCAGCACUUUUACAUAUGCUCUGAUAUUAGAGCGGCCAUACAUGCUCUUGCAAAGACCACUACAGAAUCGGCUGUAGUCUGGGACUGCAUGCAGGCAUUAGCUAGACUAGGGGAAUCUAACAAGAUAACUCUAGUAUGGAUCCCAGGACAUCAGGGAUUUCUCGGGAACGAAAUAGCCGACGAGUUGGCCAAGCUGGGGACCCAAAUGGACCCAGCCACUCAGAUCGUUGGAGUACCUUUUGUAACGGGAAUCAACAUCAUCAGAGGAUGGCUUGAGCGGGAGCAUGUUGGCUCCUGGAGAGCAGUGGGGGGCUGCCGGACAGCUAAACGGCUAAUGGAGCAACCAUCGCCGGGGAGAGCCGACGAGCUCCUGGUCAUGAACAGACUAAGGCUGAAGGUGGGAUUGGGUCUUCUCACGGGACACAUCACACUGAGGAGCCAUCUAAACAAACUUGGGCUUACGGAACAAAGCGACUGCCGUCUAUGUAGUGAGGAGAGAGAGGACAGCGCCCACAUUUUAUAUCGGUGUCUUGUACUCACAUGUAAAAGGUAUAAAUCCUGGGGCUGCAUGUUCAUAGAGCCUGAGGAUCUAAACGAAAAAAGGGUUAGCAGCUUGAUUAACCUGGCGUCAAAUACUAGGCUGAGCUUAGCGCAAUCCUAA